AUGGAGACAGUCAACACCACACAGCGGCUCGCCCAUCUGCGGCAGCUCAUGUCGGAGAAUGGCGUCGACAUUUACAUUGUCCCGUCCGAGGACAGUCACUCAUCCGAGUACAUCGCCCAUUGCGAUGCCCGCCGAACCUUCAUCUCGGGCUUCUCGGGCUCCGCUGGGUGUGCCGUAAUCACCACGGACAAGGCUGCCCUGGCGACCGACGGCCGCUACUUCAACCAGGCCGCCAAGCAGCUUGACAGCAACUGGGUACUGCUCAAGCAGGGCAUCCAGGACGUUCCCACCUGGCAGGAGUGGUCGACAGAGCAAUCAGCUGGAGGCAAAGUGGUGGCCGUCGACCCGACGCUCCUGUCGAGUGGUGCAGCAAAGAAGCUCGCCGAGAAGAUCAAGAAGAGUGGUGGUAAAGAGCUGAAGCCGGUGGCGGAAAACCUGGUGGACAAGGUCUGGGGUGCCAACCGGCCUGAGCAACCAAACGAACCUGUGAUCCUGUUGGAGAAGAAGUAUUCCGGCAAGGAUGUCGGCGCCAAGCUCGCCGACCUACGGAAAGAGCUCGAGAAGAAGAAGUCGCCAGGCUUCGUUGUGUCCAUGCUCGACGAGAUUGCUUGGCUGUUCAACUUGCGGGGCAACGAUAUCCCUUACAACCCAGUCUUCUUCUCGUACGCCAUCAUCACUGCAGACGAGGCGAUACUGUACGUUGACUCAAGCAAGCUCAACGUGCACGUCCAGAAGUACCUCGCCGACAACAAUGUGAAAGUGAAGCCGUAUUCCGACAUUUUCAACGAUGCCACGGCCCUGGGCGAGUCGGCACAGGCCAAGGGCAUCCCCGAGUCCGGCGAAGCACCCAAGUUCCUGAUCUCGAACAAGGCCUCAUGGGCACUGAAGCGGGCGCUGGGUGGCGACGACUUUGUCGAGGAGAUUCGAAGCCCAAUUGGCGAUGCCAAGGCAGUCAAGAACGAGACCGAGCUUGAGGGCAUGCGGUCUUGCCAUAUUCGGGACGGUGCCGCCCUUAUCGCGUAUUUUGCCUGGUUGGAGGACCAGCUAAUUGCAAAGAAGGCGACGAUCGACGAAGUCACGGCGGCCGACAAGCUCGAGGAGCUCCGUUCGAAGCAAAAGGACUACGUUGGCUUGUCUUUCGACACAAUCUCGUCAACAGGAGCCAAUGCUGCCGUGAUUCAUUACAAGCCCGAGAGGGGCGCUUGUGCAACGAUCGACCCCAAGGCAAUCUACCUGUGCGACUCUGGCGCGCAAUACCUCGAUGGAACCACUGACGUCACACGCACAUUACAUUUUGGGGAGCCUACCGCGGCUGAGAUUGAGGCGUACACCUUGGUCCUGAAAGGCAAUAUCGCCCUAGACGUUGCUAUCUUCCCCAAGGGGACGACUGGGUUUGCCCUGGACUCUUUGGCUCGGCAACACCUUUGGCAACAAGGUCUUGACUACCGACAUGGCACCGGCCACGGUGUCGGGUCAUUCCUUAAUGUGCACGAGGGUCCCAUUGGCAUUGGCACCCGCGUCCAAUUCUCGGAAGUUGCACUGGCGCCCGGCAACCUCAUCUCCAACGAGCCGGGGUUCUACGAAGACGGCUCAUUCGGCAUCCGCAUCGAGAACAUCAUCAUGGUCAAGGAAGUCAAGACGAAACACACUUUUGGAGACAAGCCGUUCCUCGGAUUCGAGCACGUAACGAUGGCGCCGUACUGCCGCAGGCUGAUUGACGAGAGCCUGCUGACGAUCCACGAGAAGCGAUGGCUAAACGAGUACAACGCGGACAUUUGGGCCAAGACCAAGGACUACCUGGCAGACGACGAGCUUGCCUUGACAUGGCUGGAGCGGGAGACACAGCCCUUUUGA